AUGAGGAGGCAUUAUAGGAAUCAUACCGCGCCGGGGUUUUCGAGGGCGCAGUCUCAAUCUCAGGCGCAAUCGCAGGUGCAGGGGCAGGCUCAGGCGCAGGCGCAGGCGCAAAUUCAGAACGCCAACGUCAACGCGAGCGCUAAUAGCGCGAAUAACAACGCCAAUGCGAAUCGCGGUGCUAGUGGUAAUGGUAACAACACCUCCCAGCGAUCGGCGUCCUCGCUCUCUACCACCACGAGUGCGAGUGCGGGCGCGGGCGCGGGCGUGGAACAGGUCGUGCAGGGGACUCAACUUGGCGCAGAUGGUAGGAGGAAGCGACGGCGGACUAUGCCUUUAUCUAUGCCUCCGGUACCGGUACCGGUACCUGUGCAGCAGGGAAAUGGGAAUGUUGGGUAUAGAGCCGAGUUCGAGUAUCGACACGGGCAGUAUGGGUCGCCUUCUAUGCACCCAUCGCAUCCCUCGCACCCUUCACACCCAUCGCACCCCUCGAAUGGGCAUGGGCAUGCGCAUGCGCAUGCGCACGCUUUGAGUCCAGCUCAAAGUCCGCUAUAUGCGGCCCGGUCAACUAGCGCAGGAGGGGGAGGAGGGUACCCGCAUAGCGCGCACCCGGGCGCGUCGCCUCGUUCCGCGCACUUGUCUGCGCAUCAGCAAUUCCACCACCACCACCACCACCACCAACAGCAUCAGCAUCAGCAUCAGCAGUCGCCAGAGUCCCACCAUCAACACCAGCGCCAAUACGCGCAGCAGUUCCAGCAGAGACACGCACAGAGAGAAAGAGAGAGGGGGGGACAGUUCCAGCAGCAGCAGCAACAGAAGCAUCAUAUGCCGUCGCCGCCUAUAUCGCAUGUGUCUAUUAGCGAAGAAGACGAGGAUGAGUGCGAGGAGGAGGGUGUGCGUGGGGGGAUGAGGAUUAGGGGUCAGGGGAGGGGUCGUGGGGGGAAUAUGAGUGCAAGUGGGAGGGCUAGGGUAAGGGGGGUUAAAGAUGAAGAUGGGGAUGAAGAUGGGGAUGAAGACGAUGAUAUGCGCGGAUACGACGAGCGUGAAGAGGAGGAGGAUGAUAGGAUGGACGAGGACGCGGCGGAGGAGGACGAAGACGAGGACGCAGAGGAGGAUGAAGAAAGAGACCAUAUCAACCUUACGCGCUCGCUUGCGCGUGUAGCUGUGCAGCAUUCGCCGUCGCUUUCUCCUUCGCUCUCUCCGUCGGUUUCGGUUUCUGUCUCGGCGGCGGGGGUGGGGUAUGGGUAUGGGUAUGGGUAUGAGAAGGAGAAGGAGAAGGAGCGCGUUGAGUAUGGAUAUGGGUAUGGGUACGAAUAUCAUCAGCACCAGCGGUACUCUUCCGAGCGCUCUCGUCCACAAUCCACUAUCACUACCACCGCGCACCCCAUUGACUCCAAUGCCCACCUACAGCCAACCGCGCACGCGCACGCGCAUGCCAGCGGUGGAGGAGGAGUUGGAGGAGGAGGAGGAGGCGGGCCAGGCCCAUUAACACCCGGAUCAAGCUUCCACUCUUCCUCCCCAUCCGCCUCAUCUUCCUCAUCCUCGUCCUCGUCCUCGUCCUCAGGAUCGUCCGCUUCUCCAUCUGUGUCACCCUCGCCUCCACCUGCUCAUCCCUCGGCGCUGUCAUCCGUGGCGAAACAACAGGGACAGGGACAGGGAAUGGGGGUGAAGCACCGAUCGCUGGCGGAUGCACCGCAUGUGGCUGCGCGACUUCGGCCUGCUUUUGGCGGGAGUGGUGGGCGGGAUAGGGUGAGAGCUUGA